AUGCGUACUAACACUGGCUUGUCCGCCCUACUAGCGGCAACGUCAGUACGAGCAGCAGUUCAUGAAUUGAUCGUGGGGACAUUCGGCACCACCGCUCUCUAUACGUUGGCUUUCGACGAUGUUACCGAAGAGUUGAGUCUUGUCAAAAACACCACCACCAAUGCUGCCAGCUCCUGGAUUUCUUUCAGCGUAAGUAGCAGAAGCACCGAAUGCCUCAGACAGCAUCGCUAACCUCGAUCCCAGCAUGACAAGAAGACACUCUACGGCACUUCAUUCAAAGCAGCUUCAACCAGCUACGUUAGCUACAAUGUCGUAAAUGCGACGACUCUGGUCCCCAACAACAAGACCCUCACCGCGGACAACUCCACAGUCUCUGCCAUCUACGUCGCUGCUGCCAACAAACCACCCUACAACGUCUAUGGCGUCUCGUUCGGCAGCACCUCAGGCCCUGGUCUCGUCAUGUCCGUUGAUCAACUAGGCGGUCUCGACAAGGUCGUCCAAAGCUACAAUUAUUCCAACGACUCAGCCGUCCACGGUCUUGCAAUUGGCGCAGACGGCUCAUUCCUGUAUUCCGCCGACGACACGGGCAACAAAAUCUGGACGCACGCCGUCGACCCAGCUACCGGCGAGCUCACGCUUGUCGACAGCCUCGAGGCUCCAGAGACGGGCUCCGACCCUCGCCAUGUCGCCGCCCAUCCCUCUGGUCAAUACCUCUACGCAGUCAUGGAGGGCAAGAGCAAGAUUGCGCAAUACUCCAUCGAUCAGACAACCGGCAAGCCGGUGUACUGCAACAUCAGCUUUCCCCUGCUUCCAUCAGGUAAUAACCCUCCACCCCCUCAAAUGCAAUGCAAUGCAAUGCAAUAUCAUGCCAUGUGGUGAGAAGGCUAACUCGCGAGUGAAAUUUUCAGGCUCCAACUCCUCACUCUACUGGGCCGACGAAGUCAUGCUCUCCAAAUCCUCCAAUCUCCUCUGGGCAACCAACCGCGCCCGCACGACUUCCUCCAAAGGCUACAUCUCCGCCUUCAGUCUCACGGCGGACGGCGCCAUCGAGAAGCAGCUGUUCCUCACCGAGACGACGACUAGCGGUGGGAGCGCAAAUGCCGUCACGCCGAGUGGGUUUAGCGAUGAAUAUGUGGCGUUGACCGACAGCUCGGUUGGAUUCGUAGAUGUGUGGAAGCUGGCUGCGAACCGGUCAACGGCGAGUGUGGUGUCCAGGGUGAUGCUCGAAGACGGUGAAUGCUGCGCCAACGCGAUCUGGUAUUCAUAA